CAGGGGUGGGGGUUGGGGUGGUGAGGGAGGUGAGGGGGACGAUGUCGGGUGGAAAUGGUGACCGCGGGGCCACACAAGGUUGAAAGUUGCAGGUCUGAGAGAGAUCCCGUCUAGGAGGCAGAGAAGACCUGGGUUCUGGUGCCUGUUCUGUGAUGGAUUUGCCGAAACCUCGGAGGCAAUUCAUUGCUUUCCUCCCUUCUCCCCUUCCAAGCAGCCAAGAUGGAAGGAAAGAAAAGAGAAGAAGAUGCUGAGGUUCCAGAGGGAGAAAGCUAGUUCCUAGGGUGUCUCGGAGGACCAGGAUUUGGUUCUCAGCACCCACAUGGCAGCUCACAACCAUCUGUAACUCCAGCUCUUAUGGACAUCUGCAUAUACAUGGCAGACACAUACACAUGAACUGAGGCUCCAUGGUUCCCAGGGGCUCCUUUCAGGACUCACAGAAACCUUCUGCACCUUGGUGAUGGCACAGAGGGACUGUUUUCUUACUUGGAGCCUGAAUGACUGCCAAGAAGGAAGGUGAAAGCAGAGCGCUUGUCUCUCCUGGUGGCUUCGGGCCACAGACUGUUGCAGCAAACCCCUUUCAGAGCCCGAGGACGAGGCUCACCUGAACUUGAGUCAUGAGUGAAACAUCUUGCUCUUUCCUUACCGGGAAAGAAUUUCGAGAUGGACAGAUAGAAAGUGUCUCUGCUGGGCUCUCUUCAUCCUACAAGGACAAGGGCGCACUCAUGGCUUUCAGAGGAGUUCCUAUCUCAGAGCUGAAGAACCAAGGCAUUCUCCAGGCCCUGACCGCAGAAGCUAACGGAUGGCAGCCAGGUGUUGUGAGUGAAGAGAUGCUCAGAGCCCAGGAAGAGUGGGAAGUGGUGGACACCAUCCAUCCAGACAUAGAGAGAAGGGUCAGCUCCCAGCAGCCCGGGCAGCUCAUCUCCUUCAGCGAGGCCCUAGAGCACUUCCAGACCAUGGACCUUUCCUCUUUCAAGAAAAGAAUCCAGCCAACUGUUCCGAGGACUGGGCUCGCCGCCCUCCGUCAUUGUCUCUUCGGGCCACCAAAGCUGCACCAGGGUCUUCGGGAAGAAAGAGACUUGGUUCUCACCAUUGCUCAGUGUGGCCUGGACAGCCAAAACCCAACGCACUGCCGAGUGCUCCAGACUAUCUAUAAGAAGCUGACUGGCUCCAAGCUUGACUGUGCCCUUCACGGAGACCAUUGGGAAGACCUGGGCUUCCAGGGAGCAAACCCAGCCACAGACCUCAGGGGGGUAGGCUUCCUGGCCCUCCUGCACCUACUCUACCUGGUGAUGGACUCAAAGACAUUGCUGAUGGCCCAGGAGAUCUUCCGCCUGUCUCAUCACCAUAUCCAGCAAUUCCCCUUCUGUUUGAUGUCUCUGAACAUCACCCGCAUUGCCAUCCAGGCCCUGAGGGAAGAGUGUCUCUCCAGGGAGUGCAAUCGUCAGCGGACGGUCAUCCCAGUGGUGAACAGCUUCUAUGCAGCCACUUUCCUUCACCUGGCACGCAUGUGGAGGACCCAGAAGAAGACUAUCUUCGACUCAGGCUUUGUCCUCAAAGACGUGGAAGCAGUGGCCAAGAAGAGCCCAAAACGACUUCUCAAGACCCUGGACUACUGCCUAGCCCAGGUAUCAAAGGGACAGGCCUCCUUCUUGGAGACACAGAAGUGCCCUGGGUCACAGGGACCUCACUCCAAGGAUCUCACUUUUACAGGCGUGUGCGACCUGCAGUCUCACUCCGAGAGUGCAGGGUUGAUCUGACCCACCGUGGAGAGGCCAUCCCUAGAAAGACAGGCUGGGUCUCUGGAGCUUCCUGAACUAAAGAACCGUGUUUGACCCAAAGCCCUUCCUGCCUCUGCAGGGGAGACUAGGAAGCUUCCAGGUGUGUGUAGUGAUGCCCACGCCCACGAUUCUACACCAGCAUAGCACAUUCAGGCAGCUAAAAUUACCCUCCAUGCCAUCUUCAAAGCAAGGAGACCUCUGUCAUUCCCAGCUGGACUCCAGGUCACAGGGUUGGACUCCUGAUACCUCAGUGGAAGUGAACAGACCAUACGGACGGACAGCCCUAUCUGAACUGUCUACACAUCUGCACCCAGAGGGAGAGACCCUGGAAGCAACAGCUGUCCCCAGUGUCUGUGGCUGGAAUUGGAAGGACAGAGACAGCAAUAUCUUCAGCCAGCAGGGGGCAGCACAACACAGAAAAAGUGACUGAUAGGCAGGCCCCUCUCUUCCUCCAGCCACUCACUGUUUUCAAGACACUUGUUCCCACCUUCUCUUUCCCCUCCCUCUCCUUUGCCCACCAUUGUUUGCAAUCUAGAAACGGGCACUCAGCUGGCUAGACUAGCCCUUGAGCACCCUGCCCCCACCGCCCACAGGCUGGAGCGCCUAUGGAGACCACUGCCUACCUACCCUGGCUGAGAGGUGAAGUGAACUCCCUCACGCACCGGCCGGUUUAGAAUAAAGGAAUUGUUAUAAUCUCU